GCUCUUAAAGAAGCCGCUCGGGGCGCGAGGCGGACCAGGUCCGGAUGCUGCGAGUGCUGUGGGCCAGACAAGUGACUUCCACCUGGAGCGGUUUCUGGGCCCGGGCAUGGGGAUUUCCUCACCGGCCCCCUAGGCUUUCACCUCGGUGGAAUUUCCUGCGCCCCCGCUGGGAUGAAUUAGGGACUGUUGGCUAGAACUGCCCUUGCCGCCCACCCUACUGCGGGCGCUCCCCUGUCUGGGGGGUGCUUGGCUGGGUGUGGAGAAGGAUCAAUCACAGCUGACUCCUCAGAGGUGACAGCACCUGCCCUCUUAAAAACAAGAAAAGACCUAGCAGUGUGAAGCCAAACUGCACCCCCAGCCCCGGUGACAUGAGGAAACCGUGAGGCGCUCAGCCUGAGGUUCAUCGUUCAUCUCCUUCCUGCUUGGAAUCAGAAUGUCCUCACUGCUGAGUUUCUCCGUUCUAUGGGAUUACAUUAGUGGACAAAGGAGUGAAGCAAAGCAGCACUGAGCUCCUCCAAGUAAAGAAAGAAUUGUUUUCUGUACAACCUGGAGCUGGAUCAUAGAAGGAGAAGACAGCUUGAAAGACAGAAGGCCGUACGGCAGACCACAGAGGAUGGGGAGGAUUUCCCCCAGCAUCCCCAGCCCCCACAGUCAGCUCUGGUUCAGCGAUUUCAGCAACUCUUUCAUGACCCAUCUGAUUUUGUUUUAUCCCAGCCCUGCAGAGAAAGGACUCUGCAGGUCAGGACUUGCUUCUUCAACAAACAAAAACUCCUCUGCCAGAAAAGUUGGAGAAACUAGUUUAGAAAGUCGGAGGAUGUGAAGAAGUCUGCCUUUGUUCUGGGGACCUUGGUGGGAGAUGAGUGUGGGCUGGUGGAGACGAGGGUGAGAAUGAACCUUGCCGCAGACCCUUUGGGCUCCAUGAAGAGCUGGCUGCAGAAGAGGAAGGAAAGGAAAUUGGCCAGCUGCUGUCUCUGUGACUGGACCUGGGCCAAUCAAGAAACUGAGAGGAGCAGGGCCAGCCAGGCUGUUGUGCCUUAAACUUAGGCAGAAACAAGGAAAGGCAAGGAUUUGGGGUUCUGAGUCACCCUCUCUGGAGGAACAAGAGCUUAGAGGAGGAAAUCACUUUUUGAGCUCCCUUUACUUUUACACACACAUGUUUUUAUUCCAGUAAAUUGAAAUUAAAGAGGAAGAAGUCAUGAAAGGGCAGCUGCCACCUCAGGCCGUGGUGGCGGAGACAAAGGAUAUGGGCUGGUGUAGAUGUCUGAGAAACCAACAGGAGGUCCCAGCCGGGAACACAGAAAGGAUAUGGAGAAAAUUAUUAUUCUGCCCCUACAGUUUUGGUGACCCAGAUGGGAUCUCUGGGACACCCUGCCUGCUCUACAAUUGGGAUCCCUGGAAAAGUGACAGAAUCUGGCAACAGAGAGGGGGUCUUACUCUGUUGCCCAAGAUGAUGUUGAACUUCUGGAUUCAAGCAAUCCUCCUGCCUUGGCCUCCCAAAGUGCUGGGAUUACAGGCUGGAGUGCAGUGGCACAAUCAUAGCUCACUGCAGCCUCGAUUCACCCAGACUCAAGCGAUCCUCCUGCCUCAGCCUUCUGAGUAGCUGGGACUACAGAGACAGGAUCUUGCUUUGCCACCCAGGCUGGAGUACAGUGGUGCGAUCACAGCUCACUGCACCUUGAAUUCCCAGGCUCAAGCGAUCCUCCCACUUCAGCCUCCUGAGUAGCUGGGACCACAGGCACAUGCCACCGUGCCUUAGCCAGUUAGUUUUUAAACAUUUUUUUGUAGAGACAGGGUCUCACUCUGUUGCCCAGGCUGUUUUUGAACUGCCGGCUUCAAGUGACCCUCCUGCCUUGGCCUCCCAAAGUGCUGGGGAUACAGGUGUGUGCCACUGCAUCUGGCUGACCUUGAAUUUGUGAAUUUAAGGGACGCUGUGAAGCAAUCAUGAAUGCAAUGAAGAGAGGGCUCUGCUGUGUGCUGCUGCUGUGUGGAGCAGUCUUCGCUUCACCCAGCCAGGAAAUCCAUGCCCGAUUCAGAAGAGGAGCCAGAUCUUACCAAGUGAUCUGCAGAGAUGAAAAAACGCAGACGAUAUACCAGCAACAUCAGUCAUGGCUGCGCCCCGUGCUCAGAAGCAACCGGGUGGAAUAUUGCUGGUGCAACAGCGGCAGGGCACAGUGCCACUCAGUGCCUGUCAAAAGUUGCAGCGAGCCAAGGUGUUUCAACGGGGGCACCUGCCAGCAGGCCCUGUACUUCUCAGAUUUCGUGUGCCAGUGCCCCGAAGGAUUUGCUGGGAAGUGCUGUGAAAUAGAUACCACGGCCACGUGCUACGAGGACCAGGGCAUCAGCUACAGGGGCAUGUGGAGCACAGCGGAGAGCGGCGCCGAGUGCACCAACUGGAACAGCAGCGCACUGGCCCAGAAGCCCUACAGCGGGCGGAGGCCAGACGCCAUCAGGCUGGGCCUGGGGAACCACAACUACUGCAGAAACCCAGACGGAGACUCAAAGCCCUGGUGCUACGUCUUUAAGGCGGGGAAGUACAGCUCAGAGUUCUGCAGCACCCCCGCCUGCUCCAAGGGAAACAGUGACUGCUACUUUGGGAAUGGGUUAGCCUACCGUGGCACGCACAGCCUCACCGAGUUGGGUGCCUCCUGCCUCCCGUGGAAUUCCAUGAUCCUGAUAGGCAAGGUUUACACAGCACAGAACCCCAACGCCCAGGCACUGGGCCUGGGCAAACAUAAUUACUGCCGGAAUCCUGAUGGGGAUGCCAAGCCCUGGUGUCAUGUGCUGAAGAACCGCAGGCUGACGUGGGAGUACUGUGAUGUGCCCUCCUGCUCCACCUGCGGCCUGAGACAGUACAGCCAGCCUCAGUUUCGCAUCAAAGGAGGGCUCUUUGCCGACAUCGCCUCCCACCCCUGGCAGGCCGCCAUCUUUGCCAAGCACAAGAGGCUGCCCGGAGAGCGGUUCCUGUGCGGGGGCAUACUCAUCAGCUCCUGCUGGAUUCUCUCCGCCGCCCACUGCUUCCAGGAGAGGUUUCCGCCCCACCACCUGACGGUGAUCUUGGGCAGAACAUACCGGGUGGUCCCUGGCGAGGAGGAGCAGAAAUUUGAAGUAGAAAAAUACAUUGUCCAUAAGGAAUUCGAUGAUGACACUUACGACAAUGACAUUGCGCUGCUGCAGCUGAAAUCGGAUUCCUCCCGCUGUGCCCAGGAGAGCAGCGUGGUCCGCACUGUGUGCCUUCCCCCGGCGGACCUGCAGCUGCCGGACUGGACGGAGUGUGAGCUCUCGGGAUACGGCAAGCAUGAGGCCUUGUCUCCUUUCUAUUCGGAGCGGCUGAAGGAGGCUCAUGUCAGACUGUACCCAUCCAGCCGCUGCACAUCACAACAUUUACUUAACAGAACGGUCACCGACAACAUGCUGUGUGCUGGAGACACUCGGAGUGGCGGGCCCCAGGCGAACCUGCACGACGCCUGCCAGGGCGAUUCAGGAGGCCCCCUGGUGUGUCUGAACGAUGGCCGCAUGACUUUGGUGGGCAUCAUCAGCUGGGGCCUGGGCUGUGGACAGAAGGAUGUCCCGGGUGUGUACACCAAGGUUACCAACUACCUUGACUGGAUUCAUGACAACAUGCGACCGUGACCAGGAACACCCGACCCCUCAAAGCAAAUGAGACCCCGCCUCUUCCUCUUCAGAAGACACUGCAAAGGCGGAGUGCUUCUCUAUAUAGACUUCUCCAGACCCACCACACCGCAGAAGCGGGAGGAGACCCUACAGGAGAGGGAAGAGUGCAUUUUCCCAGAUACUUCCCAUUUUGGAAGUUUUCAGGACUUGGUCUGAUUUCAGGAUACUCUGUCAGAUGGGAAGACAUGAAUGCACACUAGCCUCUACAGGAAUGCCUCCUCCCUGGGCAGAAAGUGGCCAUGCCACCCUGUUUUCAGCUAAAGCCCAACUUCCUGACCUGUCACCGUGAGCAGCUUUGGAAACAGGACCACAAAGAUAAAAGCAUGUCUCAAUAGUAAAAGAUAACAAGAUCUUUCAGGAAAGACGGAUUGCAUUAGAAACAGACAGUAUAUUUAUAGUCACAAGAGCCCAGCAGGGCCUCAAAGUUGGGGCAGGCUGGCCGGCCCGUCAUGUUCCUCAAAAGCACCCUUGACAUCAAGUCUCCUUCCCCUUUCCCCACUCCCCGGCUCUCAGAAGGUAUUCCUUUUGUGUACAGUGUAAAGUGUAAAUCCUUUUUCUUUAUAAACUUUAGAGUAGCAUGAGAGAAUUCUAUCAUUUGAACAACUAGGCUUCAGCAUAUUUAUAGCAAUCCAUGUUAGUUUUUACUUUCUGUUGCCACAACCCUGUUUUAUACUGUACUUAAUAAAUUCAGAUAUAUUUUUCACGGUUUUUCCAAAA